AGUCGAGCGUUUGUUCGAUUUGUUGGUCAAAUAAUUUGUCUCUGUCUGGGCUGGAGAAUAAAUACAAUAUAUUUAUUUUACAAAAAAUAUCGCCAAACAAACAAUAAUCUCGGACUCGGUGCAUAACUGAGAGUCUUUGACGCUGCACGGUAGGUCAAUCUGAAAAAUAAUGGUGUGAUAAACAAGUUCGAACGUUUGGAGAUAAACAAUCACAAUAGCUAACGUUAGCUAGAUAGUGCUAACUUUUAGCCUAGUUCAGCGUGCUAAUGGUAGUCUAGCUAGGAUCAGUGGCUUAAUCUAACGGUGUUUGAAAGUGGCGUUCAUGUUGGCUCUCUUGUCUUGAACUACGUUAGUUAACUAUUAAUGCCUGGCUAGCUAACGUUAGCUUUAUAGCUAGCUAGUGCAACGAGCACUCAGUUCUGACGACUAGUUAGCUAACGUUAGCUGUCUACAACAUCGAUUAGUAUUUAUUGAGCAGACUAGUAACGUUAGAGCUCUAAUACGAAAUUCCAAGAAAUCCGCAUAUUUCCUCUGCUUCAUCGGCUACUUACAAGAUACAUGAAAGUGACAAGCGUAACGUUAGUUAUGGGAUGGAAGUGAUGUUCACACGUUCUGAGGCCUUCUGUCAAUGGGCUUAGUUUACAGAUAAUGACAUCAAUAAACAAUGCCAACAGGUUUUUUGAUGAUACUAUAUACACAACAAGCACGACAGAAGAUAAAUCGAGAUUUAAUGAACCAGCUGGUCAAGUCUCCACACAAAACGACCCAAAUAGCUAGGUACAAUUUCCAGAAAUCAAAGCAAUGCCAUGAAUCUGAGGUGUUGAGUUUAUAUACAGAACGCAGUAUCAUAGAGUUGUGGUUCCCAACCUUUUUUGGUUACUGUACCACCAACUGAAUUUUGCUCUGCCCUGAGUACCGCUGAGGUCAAGUGAAUUUUACCAGUAGGCCAAGUACCCCCUGUGGAUAGGCCAAGUACCCCCAGGAGUCCUAGUACCCCUGGUUGGGAACCACUGUCAGAGAGGAUCUGUGUGUGUUCAGAUGACCAGUAUGUUAGCUACAAUGUUUGUGAAUGUAUGUCCAUGCUGUAUCUUUUCUGGGGUGAACCUACAGAAUGAAACGUAAAUAAACAGAACAAAACGAGGAGGGACCUACCUGCAUUUGUCCGAUAGAAACUCACAUUUUUGUUGCAAAGCGUUUUGUUUUGCAACAUGUUUGCUACAGUGUCCGAAUAAUGAGUAGGCCUACUACGUCCCUGUUGUAGGGCAGCAGGUAGUCUAGCGGUUAAGAGCAUUGGGCUAGUAACCGAAAGGUUGCUGGUUCGAAUCCGUGAGCCGGCUAGGUGAACAAUCUGUAGAUGUGCCCUUGAGCAAGGCACUUAAACCUAAUUGCUCCUCUACGUUGCUCUGCAUAAGAGUGCCCGCUAAAUUACUGAACUAUAAAUGUGUUCCUUCGCAGACAUGGACCAGGACUAUGAGUGUCGGCUGCUCAGGCAGAUUAACAUCCAGAACGAGAACGCCAGCCCUUUAGUAAGUGCAUAGACUUUAUAAAAGGUAUUGUCUGUACUGUGUAUUAUUCUGUAUUGGCUUGUGUUGCACAAUAUCAUUCUGUAUUGAGAUGGUAUAUGAUGUUCUUAUGUUGGCAUCUUGCAAGCAAGACAUCUUAGAAUUUAAACCUCAAAGGAUAAAGGUCUAAAUGUAUUUGUCUGAAUUGGUUGGCACACUCAGCUGACAGCAUAAUGUUCAGGGAUUUCAAGAGUGAGUUUUAGUUCAGUUGAUGGGACAUAGCGUACAGUCAUCUAUCCAGAGAUACAAAUCCCCUGAAAGUAGGUCAGGUGUACCAGUAGGCUGUACUAGAGAACCAGUUUGUGCACAAUUUUUUUGCUAAACUGUAUGAGACAUGCAAUUAGCCUAAGCAGAGAACACUGUCAGUUUUUGAAGUUGACAGCUACUGAACAAAGACUAUAUCGAUUUUUUCAGAUUAGCUUGACAAUAGUCUGAUACUGGCUCCUCCAUUACAUGUAUAAUAACAAAACUGCUUUGUGAAGACUAAAGAGGGUGUUUACCCAUGUGUGACAUGAGGGCUUUGCUGUCUAUCACAGUGUGUGAAGUCUAAAAGCGGCGGUUUUAUUCAAAUAGUCGCUCUGUCAGAUUCUCUGGUGUUUUGUCUGCAUUUAAACCACCUCUCUGAUUGACCCCUCCUGUUUACUUUACGUCAAGUUUUACCCCUCCCCUCUCCCUGUGGAAACCCAUUAGAAAAUAGGCCUAGGCUACAUCUUAGAGUAUUCCUUUCAAUUGUAUCUCUAUUGAACACCUAAUCUGUGAUUCACGAAACCCCAUUAAUUAAUUGUUUAUCUCGCUUGGGCUUUGUGGAUCUCAUGCACUAUUAAUGUGCAAUGAUUGUGGUUUAUGUCUGUCUUGUGGUUAAAUUUUCCUCUCUGUGGACGAGUCCCCCUCUGACCCUAUAUCCCCUCUCUCUCCCAAUGAAGAAGGCCAUAGAUGCAGUACGAGCGCUGACACCCACCAACUCCCCCCUGUCGUCACCAAGCAAACAUGGCGACCGCUUCAUCCCCUCCCGUGCCGGCGCCAACUGGAGCGUCAACUUCCACCGCAUCAACGUGAGUCCCCCGCAAUGCACCCUGGGAUUAUGUCUUGUGACCCAUGUUUUACAUCUGUUGUGUUGAUUGUGUCACUUGCUGGGUUUCUGUUUUUUGUCACCCUGAUAAAGGUUGUUGGAGCCGCACCGCGGCGGUGCGUUUUUUUUAUUCUUGCUAUGCAUUAAACAAUAAAGGCUUUUAAAAUUGUUCCACUACAUGAGAGUGCCUUGAUUACUUCUGGAAGUUUGUUGGUUGCAAAGGCUUUUCCGGCAUUGUUUACUAUCCAGCAUCAAAUAGUUAUUGUUCUAUAGUAUUUCAUCCCAUGAUUAAAGAGCACCUCAUGGAUGAACUAUAAACCAAUGAAGCGCUCCUCUACUGUCUCUACAUAUUAAUCACUGUUAAUGUUGUUGUGUAGGAGAACGAGAAGUCUCUCAAUCAGAACAGGAAGACAAAGGAUGGUACAACAGACACUAGCAAAGGUAAGCCUCUUGACUCUUUAGAGCUUGUUGUAUAUAUUGUGUUUCUGUAGUGUACAUUCAUUCUGUUUUACUCAUUCAUACUCAUUAAAAUCGAGAUUAACAUACCUCUCCCUCCCUGCUCUAGCGGACGGCCUGGCGUACUCUGCCCUACUGAAGAACGAGCUGCUGGGGGCGGGCAUAGAGAAGGUCCAAGACCCCCAAUCAGAGGACCGCCGCCUCCAGCCCUCCACCCCCGCCAAGAGGAGCCUCUUCAGUGUACUUAACAUAGGCCCUUAUACAUUCUGGUGGAAUAGCGUCUUUUUCAAAGCUACCAGGGGUAGUGUAUUGUGUGUAUGCUGCAGUUAGCCACUUUUGAAUUUGUGUUAGUCGUACAACAUGUUACCUUUGAUACUAAAUAUGCCAGUUGUGUGUGUUUACAGUAUUCUGUCAGUGCCAAGCGAUCUCUACCCGAGGAUGGCAACACAGUCUCUCCAUACUCCCUGUCUCCUGUUAGCAGCAACAGGUAACAUUUACAUUUACAUUUUAGUCAUUUAGCAGACGCUCUUAUCCAGAGCGACUUACAGGAGCAAUUAGGGUUAAGUGCCUUGCUCAAGGGCACAUUAACGUCAUUUAGCAGACGCUCUUAGCCAGAGCGACUCACAAAUUGGUGCGUUCACCCUAUAGCCAGUGGGAUAACCACUUUACAAUUUGGGGCGGGGGGGGGGGGGGGGUGUUAGAAGGAAUACUUUAUCCUAUGGUGAGUGACUCCGCUGUCCUGGCGUCGUGAGGGAGCUUGUUCCACCAUUGGGGUGCCAGAGCAGCAAACAGUUUUGACUGGGCUGAGCGGGAGCUAUGCUUCCGCAGAGGAAGGGGAGCCAGCAGGCCAGAGGUGGAUGAACGCAAUGCCCUCGUUUGGGUGUAGGGACUGAUCAGAGCCUGAAGGUACAGAGGUGCCGUUCCCCUCACUGCUCCAUAGGCAAGCACCAUGGUCUUGUAGCGGAUGCGAGCUUCAACUGGAAGCCAGUGGAGUGUGCGGAGGAGGGGGGUGACGUGAGAGAACUUGGGAAGGUUGAACACCAGACGGGCUGCGGCAUUCUGGAUGAGUUGUAGGGGUUUAAUGGCACAGGCAGGGAGGCCAGCCAACAGCGAGUUGCAGUAGUCCAGACGGGAGAUGACAAGUCCCUGGAUUAGGACCUGUGCCGCUUCCUGUGUAAGGCAGGGUCGUACUCUCCGAAUGUUGUAGAGCAUGAACCUGCAGGAGCGGGUCACCGCCUUGAUGUUGGCGGAGAACGACAGGGUGUUGUCCAGGGUCACGCCUAGGCUCUUCGCACUCUGGGAGGAGGACACAGCGGAGUUGUCAACCGUGAUGGCGAGAUCAUGGAACGGGCAGUCCUUCCCCGGGAGGAAGAGCAGCUCCGUCUUGCCAGGGUUCAGCUUGAGGUGGUGAUCCGUCAUCCAUACUGAUAUGUCUGCCAGACAUGCAGAGAUGCGAUUCGCCACCUGGUUAUCAGAAGGGGGAAAGGAGAAGAUUAGUUGUGUAUCGUCAGCGUAGCAAUGAUAGGAAAGGCCAUGUGAGGAUAACCACCACCUUCACUUACUCUUUGGUUUUAUAUUAUAUGGCAAACAGUGGUGUUCUAGCUCUCCUCUCCCUCUCAUUCCAUUAUAAUGAUAUUCCUCUGGGUUAAGAAUGAUUUUCUGUGUCACAUUGAAUCCAUCUUGUCUCUUUGUGUCCCUCCUUGUAGUCAGAAGCUGUUACGGUCGCCAAGGAAACCCACGCGUAAGAUCUCUAAGAUCCCCUUCAAGGUGCUUGAUGCUCCGGAGCUGCAGGAUGACUUCUACCUCAACCUGGUGGACUGGUCCUCCCUCAACGUCCUCAGUGUCGGCCUGGGAACCUGCGUCUACCUCUGGAGCGCCUGCACCAGCCAGGUGUGUGUGUGUGUGUGUGUGUUACCACACUGAAAUCAGUAACCACCUACUCGCUGUUAGAAACAGUCUACUAUUUGACAUUGUCUCCAUUUAUUGCGAAGGCCUCUCUCUGCGAGUUGGAAAUUGACAAUCUAUCAAUUGUGUAUUUUGGUCUUUAGGUGACACGUCUGUGUGACCUGUCAGUGGAAGGGGGACUCUGUCACGUCAGUGGGCUGGUCAGAGAGGGUGAGUCUGUCAUGUACACCCCUUAUCCACAGUCCACCCUAUAUUCCUGGGGCUCUGUAGUCCUGUUUCUAUCUAUAGGUUUCAGGGGGUGGGAUGGAUAUGCCCUGAUACCAUGUGGGUCCAAUUAUUGUACUCUUCUGUGUGUUUACUCUUCUGUGUGUGUGUGUGUGUGUGUGUGUGUGUGUGUGUGUGUGUGUGUGUGUGUGUGUGUGUGGUUUCUCCAGGGGAACUUAGUAGCAGUGGGGACUCAUAAGGGCUAUGUACAGAUCUGGGAUGCGGCAGCAGGGAAGAAGCUGUCUGUACUGGAGGGGCACACAGCCAGAGUGGGUGAGUAAGAGGAGACUGGCUGUCUUAGAGAGAAGACGAGACUGGCUGUCUUAGAGAGAAGAGGAGAGCUUCUCCUCAGAGACAGAGGAACGCUAGUGCUGCAACCAUAGAAUAUCAUUUCUAGUAAUUCUAUUGCUAUGGCUUCAUCAUUAAAUAUUUAUCCUUUAGUCAAAACAACUAUGAAAACUGAGUGCAUUUCAGCUGUUUUUAUAUUUUGUUGCUGAAUCUUUUUCUCUAGGUGCGUUGGCGUGGAAUGCCGACCAGUUGUCGUCUGGCAGUCGUGAUAGGGUUAUCCUGCAGAGAGACAUCCGAGCCCCGCCCCUCCAGUCAGAACGCCGUCUCCAGGGACACCGACAGGAAGUCUGCGGCCUCAAGUGGAGCACAGACCACCAGCUACUGGCCUCAGGGGGAAACGACAACAAGGUACAGACAGCACAGACCACCAGCUUCUGAUGUCAGUGGAAUUAAAAGACAAACACAAAUCUCUUGAAUAACUACUGUACACUCCUGCUUUUAUCCUUAUCUUAUGGCAUUAUCUUCCCAGGUAACUAACAAUCCCUCUCCUCCCCAUAGCUGCUGGUGUGGAACCACUCCAGUGUUCUCCCGGUGCAGCAGUACACGGAGCACCUGGCAGCAGUGAAGGCCAUCGCCUGGUCCCCCCAUCAGCAUGGCCUGCUGGCGUCUGGAGGGGGCACGGCCGACCGCUGCAUCCGUUUCUGGAACACCCUGACAGGCCAGCCCUUGCAGUGCACCGACACAGGCUCCCAGGUCUGCAACCUGGCUUGGUCCAAGCACACCAACGAACUGGUACGUAGUUAGGGGGUGGUUUUUGGUGUCAUUCUGUGGGAAACAUGAACAAAAAUAUGAAGUAUGAAAUGUGAUAUUUUCCAGACAUGGAUGGGCCCUUUUAAAGGAAAUAAUUUGGACUCCUAAACAUUUGUAACUAAAAUCCUUUUUACCUCCAGGUAAGCACACACGGCUACUCCCAGAACCAGAUCUUGGUGUGGAAGUACCCCUCCCUCACACAGGUGGCCAAACUCACAGGCCACUCCUACAGAGUGCUCUACCUGGCAAUGUCCCCAGACGGAGAGGCCAUCGUCACAGGAGCCGGAGACGAGACACUGCGCUUCUGGAACGUCUUCAGCAAGAUGAGGUCCACCAAGGUAGCCAGACACCUCAUAUUGAUUGGGAACAUAGAUUUUUGUGCCGCCUGUGCCCCAUAUGAAGUCUACCUUUCAAAUGAUCUUAUUACAAUACCAACCCAAUAAGCAAAACCACUGUCUCAUUUGGGAAACUGAUAUAGAAGAUUGUAGUGUUUUAGAGAACUGACCCCUGCUUUCUUCCUCUGCAGGAGUCUGUAUCUGUUCUGAACCUGUUCACCAGGAUCCGGUAG